GGCAAUCCUCGCGGCCAAACAGUACCCAUAGGAGGAGGAUGCUUUUGGUUGAACCGUGACAGUCUGGAAUUGGACAGAAAGACUUCUCUCCCGACUCGAGAAGGAACAUAAAAGAUUCUGAGCUCACUGCGUGCUCUCUUCAAUCGCUCGAACUUUGAAGGAGUUAAUUCGUAGGCAGCAUUUAUAGGGAUAGGAGCUUCAAAAGUAGCUUCUUGGUCGUCUUCGAAGAUGAGUAUGUACAUACGUGUUAAACGGAACAAGACAACCUACUUCGUCACAUGUGAACCAACCGAAACCAUAUUGAACAUUAAGGAAAAGCUGCAUAACCUCAUUGACCAACCAGUUAAUGAUCAGCGUUUGAUUUUGGUGGGGACAGGAGACAUCCUGGAGGACUCCAAAACACUAGCAGAUCAAAAGGUUGAAAAUGACACUGUUCUUGCCUUGACAUUGAGGAAAGAUGACAAUGAGUUUGAGGACAUCAACAUUGUUAGGCCGAACGACUUCUACCAAUCUCGUGAAGCGGAUGCAGGAAACUGGUGAAAUUCAAAGAGCUUUUACUUGCAAUCAACGGUCCAUGCACAGCUCCUGUGUUGUGCCCCUGCAUGAGCGUCUAUACUUAUUGAACAUUUACUUAGCAGAGAGAGAUGUCGAAUUGCACUCGAAGCAUGUUCUUGUUCCUCAUUUUCCUGAUUGAGCUAAAGGUGUACAUGAAUGUCAUUCAUAACUUUCCAGGUUGAGAUAAAAAGUGUACAAUAAUAUUGGUAUUCAUGGCACAAUGCAAGUUUCGUCUGCAGAGAGUUGAAGCAAACCAACUUUUCUAUUUUA